AUGACAGGUAUAAUGAUCAAGGUUUGUGAUACAGAGGCUAGCUUUCUUGUCGGCCUAUUUAACAUAUUAACAGUCGAAAACUUUGGUUACCAGGGAAACGGUGGCACAAGUGAUUGGAGGUAUUCAUACUUGUGUAACUUUACCUUUGAGUUAUUACACUCAAGACUGACAGUGAAUUCGGUGACAGCUGGUGACUACGGUAGACCAAUGAGAAUUGCCAAGUUUGUGGGAGAGCUGGACUCCGGUUUUAGACUACUCAACCUUAAAAAUGAUUCACUGAGAAAAAGAUUUGAUGGUCUGAAAUAUGACCUGAAGAAAGUAGAGGAAGUUGUGUAUGACCUGACAAUUCGUGGAUUAAAAUCUGCAGAAUGA